UGUACUGGCUGUCGAAGUGAUGCACCAAUCUUUUUAUGACUGUUUGACCUUCAAGUGCUCAGUAACCUUCAAAAUGCGCAAUGCCACUGUGUUGCUGCUGUGGUUUUACAUCGCUCAUCAUUGAGAGGAGUUAUAUCUGACGUAAGCAUGCUAGAAAGAAUGCAGCGACAGUAAAUAGUAAUAGGAACGAAAAAUCGAGAUAACACAAAUGACGUGAAAAAGUCGUGCUAACACUUAAAGCGUCGCACAAGCUACGGAAUCUCGAGAUUCCAUAAGAAUGCCGAUCAGUACACUUAAGGAUUCAGUACUUCAGCAACACAAAAAUGCUAGCAAAAAACCAGAAUAAAACAAUUCAUGCAUCACUGCUUACAAAGAUUUUAAAAAUGAUAGUUCCCGCUUAAUUAUGACUGAUCGACAAGUAGUUUGCCAAAAUUACGAACCGGAGUUGAGGCUAUUUCCAUUCUGUAUUUUGUUGUUGUUGCUAAUUUUCGCCGAUUGCGUUUAUUAUUGAAUGCAAGUGAAUAACAUAAACAUAAUGGGUUGUUUACUCAGUUCGCUUAUGUUUACCUCUCCCAGACUCACACCUUGCUUCUUACUCUUCCCAAAAUAUAACUUAUUUAUAGGUUCGAUACAAACCUAACGAAGGCUAAACGUUACGUUUCCGAAUGGUUUAUGAUGAAUAUACUCUUUUCAUAACGCCAGAUCACUACUUCAUAAAUGCAUUAGGGUCGAAAGCCUUCAUCAUAAUUGACAGAGUGUCACAAGAACUUAAAGUUGAAUUUGAAGAACCGGCCAUCCCAAGCGUAGCAAAAAAGCAUACAAUCUAUGGAAUAUGGGGGGUUGUACGUCUAGUUUCGGGGUUUUAUUUGAUAGUAAUUAAAGAACGUGAGCGAGUCGGUGAGAUAUUCGGGAACACUAUUCUAAAAAUAACCAAGAGCGUCAUAUUACCAUUUGCAAGGUCUUUACUUCAUUUGACAGAUAUUCAGAAUCAAGAUGAAUCUUUAUAUUGCCAAAUGCUUAAUAGUAUUCUAUCGUCAGAAGGCUUUUACUACUCGACUACCUAUGACUUGAGUCACACAUUGCAACGUUUAUCAGAUACGGACCCAAAAUUCAAGGCAUCCAGUAUUUACGAGCGUGCAGAUACACGGUUUACGUGGAAUAAAUCUCUGUUGACCGAAUGGGAAUCUAUGCUUAAUUCUACAUCAUCCUUCAAACAUAAGCAAACAACCAGUUGGAAUCGCUUCGAUUACUGUGUACCUAUCAUUCAAGGAUAUGUUGGGAUAAUAUCAUAUCCAGAAAAUUUGUCUGACACUAUUAAGGGAAACCUCGUGUAUUCCCUCAUCUCUCGUCGUAGUAUACAUCGAACUGGAACAAGGUUCAACGCACGUGGAGUUGACGGGGAAGGAAACUGUGCGAAUACUGUAGAAACAGAACAAUUGGUCGAUAUUUCGGGGCAUAGAUUUUCUUUUGUUCAGCUUCGUGGUUCUGUGCCAAUAUAUUGGAGUCAACGACCGAACUUAAGAUAUAAACCAGCUGUUUUACUAGGUGGUAGUCAACUAACUUCCAGUAUAACACACUCGGAUAACCUAACCGUUAAUGAGACUGAGAAGAAUUUGGAGGCAAUUCAAGCUAAUAUUGCACGUCAACAUUUUCAUAGUUUAAUAUACGAUUAUGGUUACGGACGACAAACAAUAAUAAAUUUAUUAGAUCAGAAAGGGAUGGAACGUAAUUUAGGACAUGCUUAUGCUAUGGCCGUCUCAGCUUUAGAUGAAAAAGAAGUCAAAUAUGAAAGUUUUGAUUUUCAUCAUGAAUGUGGUUCAACUCGUUGGGAUCGACUGGGUAUCUUGUUAGAACACCUUAUACCAGAAUUACUGAGAUCAAAACAACUACAUAUAGAUAUGAAUAACUCUGCAACAAUUAUUACUCGUCAAACUGGAACAUUUCGUUCAAACUGUAUUGAUUGCUUGGACAGAACGAAUGUGAUUCAAUCUAUGCUUAGUUGGUGUGCAUUAGAACAAGCAAUGAUUGAAAUUGGUAUAUUACAAGGUACAGUUUCUCGAACAGCCGAUGCUAGUACUACAUCACCUCUAUCUCAUUUGUGGCCAGGUUUUGGAUUUCGUUUUAAAUCGAUUUGGGCUAACAAUGCAGAUUACUGUUCUCUUCAAUAUGCAGGUACACCAGCCUUGAAAACAGAUUUCACUAGAACAGGUAAAAGAACAUUCUAUGGUAUACUGAUGGAUGGUUAUUAUUCAAUAAUUCGUUAUUAUUUAAAUAAUUUCAACGAUGGCUUCCGGCAAGAUUCAAUGCAUUUACUUCUUGGCCAAUAUAAAGUGAUGGAUGUUAAUGGGAAUCUUAAGCCAUUACGUGGACCAGGUGGACCUCCUAGACGUCGCCUAAAAAAUUCUGAUUCUGAAUGGUUUACACAGUUUCUACCACUAGUAUUUAGUUUUACCUUAGCUAUGUCUGUAUUGUGUUGUAUCUUUCCUACAGCUCAUUGGACAGAGAAAGCAACUUACGUACUAUUCUGGGGUGGAGCUUCAGUUCUUUCUGCUUUAGCAAUAUUUGCCUACGGUGAUGAUUUUGUUGACCAUCCUCGAUUUUGUCCAGACUAAAGAGGAUUUUCCAAAUCAAUUCUUACGAUAAAACCCAUGAAUCCGUAAUAAUUUCAUUAAUUGAAGAAUGUAAUGCUUGCUCGAUAAAACUACAUAUUGACAAAUAUCUUUGUAUUUUAAUAGGAAUAUAUAUGUUCGGUUGGUCGACUAACAAGGACAUAUCUUUUCUGUCUUCUUUCUUUCUUGUGCUAAAAAGGAAUCUUUUUAUAACUGUGACAACUUUGCUCAUUAUAUUAGUAGUGAUUACAAUGUCUUUCUUCUGGGUGUUUUCUUUUUCUCUUCAUAUUUCGAGUUAAGUUUGAUCUCGUGAAAUAUUUCGAACUAAUCAAAUCAUUGCCAUCUGAACCUGAAUAAAUCAAUCCACCUUUAAAAUGUCACUGCCUAGAAAAUUGUACAAAAUUUUCGUUACUUUUUCAGCGGAUGUUUCAGUACGUAAGUGUGAAAACCUGCCUCGAUCAACAAUCAUCAUAAAAAUUAAUGAAUAGCAGACUUUUCACUGUCUAAAUAAUUGAUUCCAGUGUACCAUUGCAACUUCUUUGUAGUUAAAUGAAGAAGUAAGAUAGUCUUUCUACUGGAACCGGUAAAAAACAUCUCGGUUGUCC